AUGUCGUAAGCAAAUUCACUCACACCAAUGUAUGUAAAACCAAUUCUGACAUGUGUCAAACUGCUUCGAAAAAUGUUAAUGUGUCCAAAGCGGUUUUAAUGUUAUUGUGUCCAAAGCAAAGAAUAGUUGUUGGCAGUGAAUAAAUAAAUUGCAUCCAUCAAAAGACAGACAAAAUGUCAGGCAGUGAAAUACAGGAAUUGGAUGGUUCGGAGUUGGGUACAAAAGAUUACUGGGAUAAAAGCUAUGAUACUGAAAUCAAAAACUACAAAUCGCACGGUGAUGUUGGUGAGGUUUGGUUUGAUGAAGACAGUCAAAUUCGUGUGAUUAACUGGAUGCUGAAGAAUGACAUUGCAGAAGAGAGUGAAUUUAUAGAUUUAGGUUCAGGCAAUGGCAUGAUGUUGGUCGAGCUGUAUCGUGAAGGAUACAAAAAUCUAACCGGUGUCGACUAUUCCGAAAAUGCCAUUGAAUUGGCAAAACAAAUUGCAGCCGAUCAAGAUAUGGAAAUUACUUAUAAAGUGCUCGAUUUACUGAACACCGAUGAGAUAGCACAGAAAUUUGGCGACAAAAAAUUCGACAUCGUUCAUGACAAAGGCACAUACGAUGCGAUUAGCAUUCAUCCAGAAAAUCCGGCUGAAAUGCGCCAAAAAUACAUUCAAAGCCUGUACAAUUUAACGUCAGACUCCGGUUUGUUGAUAUUAACAUCGUGCAAUUGGACGGAGUCUGAGCUAUGCACCAGCCUAACCGGAAAAUUUGAACUGUUCAAAAUAAUACCAACACCAUCGUUCAAGUUUGGCGGAUCAGUUGGCAAUGUUGUUACGCAAAUUGUUUUUAAGAAAGUUGCUGUUAAUAAUUAAGACUUUGAUAUUUGUUUCUAAAUCGAUUGUAAAUCUGAAAUAUACAGGAAUUUUCAUUUGAA